CAGCGUUCGCAAUGUUAAAAUAGCUUGAGUUUCCUAUAUUGUUCUACUAAAAUAUUUGCUAUAUAGUAUCUAAAAUUGUUUGUUAUUUUUCAGGCAAAAUAUUAUUGUUAUGACGGUUAUGUUAACCAUGACGAUUAUCCUGAGCUGAUAAAUCUUUUCAUAUCUGAGUAACAGUAACUCUAUGUAAAUUUUAAGUUAAAUUAUUUUUAAUUCAAUGGCAAUCAAUCCAUGAUUAUUUAAAUAUAAUUAUGACUUAUUUUUAAUACGUUGGGGACCAUGAAGUACUAUAAAAAUAUUUCGCAUUCUCAUGUCAUGUCACCUUAUCACGAAUUGGUUUGUGAACGCACUCGCGUUGUGGUGGUGCGUAAUGAAAAUGGCGGCGGACAGUGAUGAACCAAUAUCAGAUCAAGAAAAAGUUCGAAUUGUGACGAAUUUUAUCUUACACUCUCCUCCUGGCGAAUUUAAUGAAGUUUUUAAUGAUGUGCGAGUUCUUUUAAACAACGACAGUUUAUUAAAGGAAGGUGCAUCGUCAGCAUUUGCGCAAUAUAAUAAGGAUCAGUUGACACCAGUUAAGAUCGAAGGUUCGGAUCACAAAGGUCUCAUUACUGAAUUUAAUGACCUUGGUGGUGGGAGAUUCUUUGAUGACAGGUCGAAGCAAAGUUUCAAAUAUGAUCAUCUUAAGAAAGAAGCAAGCGACUACCAGCCUCGGACGCCCGACCCCGCGGCGGAGCAGUGGCGGUCGGCGCUGGAGGCGGAGCUGACCGAGUACACGCUGGGCCACUUCAAGAACGGUGUGUGCAGCGUGUUCGGCAAGAGCGAGGCGGGCGCCGCCGUGCUGGUGGCGUGCAUCGAGGACCACCAGUUCCAGCCCAACAACUUCUGGAACGGCCGGUGGCGCUCGCAGUGGUGUGUCACCCUCGGCCCGGGCACCGUCGAGAUGCGGGGCGUCGUCAAAGUGCAGGUGCAUUACUACGAGGAUGGCAACGUGCAGCUGGUGAGCUCCAAGGAGGUGAAGGAGACGGCGUCCGCGGACGGAGGGGCCGUGGAUCUCGCCAAGGAGGUUGUGCGGCUGAUAGAGGCGGCGGAGAACGGUUACCAGAUGGCCAUCUCGGAGAACUACCAGACCAUGUCGGACACUACGUUCAAAGCGCUGAGGCGCCAGCUGCCCGUGACGCGGGCGAAGAUCGACUGGAACAAGAUCGUGUCGUACAGCGUGGCGAAGGAGCUGAGGAGCCAGUAGGCGGGGGAGGGCGACUGCCGGCCCGGCGCCGCGGACACUGCAUUGCGCUUGAUGCUCGUCCCACUCGCAUGGCUGGAGCUUGCAAAAAAUAAAAAAAUAAAUAAAGCUGUGCACGUGGAACUUGGGCGGUGCGACGAUCCCGCGACGCUCUUUAUUUCCGACGGACUAGUUCCGUCUGUUUACAGCCGAGUAUCGAGAGGUCCUGUAAAUUAUCCUACUUCAGGGCAUAUAGUUGAAUUCACCCAAAUGUCACGAAAUUCAGUAUCCCAUGUGUAAAUUGCCUCGUAAAAUAAAUGAACAAAGUUCUGAUUUUCUGAUGAGUUUGGUAAUACUCCAGUGGAAGUUGGUGCGGUUGUGUUUGCAGAGCACCCUUGCUUGUCCAACUACAAAUUUAGGUUUCCUGACUUUUUUUUAGAUGAGCAUGCAGCGGGACGUCACGCGACCGAAUGAUUUCUCGCCUCGGGCGCGUUUCCAAGCACCUUGUACGUUUCCACAGAAAAUCGAGCCCUGUCAGGCCACACAGCAACCUAACCACCCUGUCUUGUUUCUGUUGUUGAUAGCAUUCAAAUCCUGCUGUAAAGCUUUUUUGCUUUGCAGUUUUCUCUGUGUUAAAGUGGUUCUCAGAGUUGGUGGUGGAUGGGGGUUAACAUUUUGUUCUGCAGUGUAACAGAGGAAGUAUAACAAUGUUGAAAUGAAUAAACGUAUUAUAUGAAUUGAAAAAUUAUAUUAAAAAAAAGUGUGUGUUUAUUUAAUGUCAGAGUUAUUAAUAUGUUGAGUGUUCUGAUGUAGUGUCACAAUGUGAUCAUCAACUAUCAUAUUAUCAUUAUGGACAGCUUACAGCUAUCAUUUUCUGUCUUCCCCACCACUUCUUUUUUCCUGCUUGAGUCAUCUCUGUUUUUCUGUACACUCUUCUACACUUUCCAGCCAUUUCUCACUUGAUUUUUCCCUUAGGUCAUAUUUCUCGCUUACACAUUCCAUGUAUUCUUCUUGGAAGAUUUCUCUUCUUCCAUUCCCUUAACAUUGAACUUAAUUGUUUAUCAAGAAGUCAUAUAUUUUACCUGAGAACCUGAUACCUGACUAACAAAUGUAGUUUUGAUAUGCUUUUGACUACUAGGCAUGGAAUCAUGUCAAUUGUGUAUAUGAGUUGCUAUGAUUGAUAGAUUAUUAACACAAGUUUAGAACCUCUUGUCAAAUGAUAUUAACAAUCAUUGAACUAUCAAAUUCCUUAUCAAACUUCCUUGUGUUAAUGUUUUGUGUUUGAUAUUGGUGACGUAAGAGUAACUAUUAUAAAAAAGAGAGUUUUGAGUGGAAUUGCAAUGUAAGUGUGCUGUAUGGUGUUUUCCCAUAGGUCAGUGCUGCUGUUAACAUUACACUGGGUACAUUGUGACACCACGAAGGCAUGUUGUGUGUUGUAAAGAGGCGAGUCAGUGUUGGAACGCCAGGUUAAAAAAAAGUCGGGGUUCAACUAAAUUAAGUGAUACUAAAUUGAUUUGGUGUGUUAGGUAUUUUUUUUUAAUGGGAGGAGCAAGCAGUAAUUUGUGUCGAACAAAAUAUGAAAAGAUUUGUCUGAACCAAAUUUAAUGGUCUUCAAAGUUUCUUUCCUUUGUUUUAAAAAAAAUCUAGUUCAGAUGUUUUGCUCUUAUUCAAUUAUUCACUACUGCAGGCUAUUUUACGGUGACAAAACGGCGGCAUGCCUACAUUUUUUUUUUUUUUUUUUUAAUAAAAAACUAGCAAAGAAGAACCUGGUGUUGCCCAGGUGUUAUGAAUCAAGAAGAGGCUUCUAUUAGUUUAUUAUAUAGUGCAUAUUUUAUACAUCAUAAUAUUAAGAUCCGAAAGUGAAUGUAAAUAUUGACAAUGUACUGGUCAUUGUUAGAUGAAGAAAGAACCAUCAAUGCAAAAGUAAAAUUUCAAUCAGAACCAUCGAAAUUUCGUUUUGAGGGAUGUGUGUGAUUUUAUUCUUUUGAAGGCCAAGUGUACAAAAUUUUAGAGAGAUUGGAUUAACACUAGAUUUGUAUAUGAAGCAAACAAUAUCUCUCUCUGUGUGUGUGUGUGUGUGUGUGUGUAUGAUUUAGCAUGCCAUAAUACCUACAAUCACAAGUUAUGACACACAAUUGAAACUAAAAGAAACUUUUGGUGACCCUAAACCUGGAAAUGAGAAUUUCCUCCUGCCAUAUUGGAAAUUCUGACAUGGCAGGGUAUGAAUCCCUAAUAGGAAUAGCUGGACACAUUAAUAUUAUGGAUCCACAAGUUUUUAUUAAGUAGGCUCAAAACAACGUCUCUAUUAAAGCAGCUUCGUUUUGGGAAAGGGGUGAUAAAAUUCCUUUGAAAUUCCAUAUAUUAAUUAGAUCCACUUCGUCCUUGGAGAUAAGACUGCAGUUAUAUUUCCAAUACGCUGUUACUGCAGUAUGCGUUGUUUUUUAAUCUUACAAAAUCAUGUUAUUUUCAGCAUAUUCAUUUGUCACAAGAGUAAGUUUUUUUUUUUAAUAUAGCUGGAACCUGAGAUCCAUUGCCUGGUUUUCAUGUUGCCUACCGGACAGUAUGUCAGAAAGACUAAAAACCAUGUUAAUGCAUGCACUGCAUUUCUCAGUGUUAAUGUACAUGCUGGAAACCCACACUGCUUCAAGGCAGACACAUGCCAACAGCUGCUAGUUUGACUUGAAGAUAAGUGUUGGCCAUGACCAAAGUAUUAAUUCAUCACGGUUUGCAAACCAUGGAUAUCAUUACAAUAUUACAGCUAAAAUACUUUUUGAAAUAUCUACCUAUAACAACAUUAAUUAAAUCAGUGCAAAAUUGUAUUCAGUUACUAUACUCUAUCAUGUUUAAUUAAUCCAACACUUUCCGCCUCUUUACACGUACAUAAGUUUUUGUUUUGUUUACACAACACAAUGUCGUCAUGACAUUUGUAUUAGCACCUAGCGUUAUGAAUUGUUAUUGUCAAAUCUUAUUUCUAAUAAAGAAUUAUUAUGCAACUAAA